GAGCGCCUGAGUGUCAAAACCAAUUCCCAAGAUAAAUGUGCCGCACGUAAUCUUCUUGUAUGCAAGAUAUGCCAUGGCAGGCGUGAACUAUAAUGCGAACUUCCAUGUCUCUGUCAUCUUUUGAAUUUCCCCAUAAAUUUAACCAACAGUCAGUGGUGGCGAAAAUUGUUGUCGUUAAUAAAAUAUCACACCUCGCAUCUGCACACACAUCCGGAGGGAAGGAGAAUCAACAGAGUAACAACAGACCUGACAAAAGUAGCAACAACGCUAACAAUUUAACCGACAUUUUGUACCCGAGUCUGAAGGACUUUCUUGCCUGUCGCUGCUUAGCCCAUUGCCGAAGAGCCGCUGGGAGAGCAACGAUAGAGAGAGAUGGAAGGAAGCAAGGUCAACGGCGAAGAAAGUGUUGGAGGAAUUCCUGAUGUUUGAGCCGCAUGGAAACGGGAGAGUUUUACCUGCUUUUCUGCUUUCAGG